AACGCCUCAAGACCACCCAAUCUUUUUAGGGUCCUUUUAUUUACCUACUUAGAAGGAUGUGUAUUUCUCUUCAAUACCUCAUCGAUCACUCAAGAGGGGUCUCUCUUCCACUUCCCAGUUAUUUUCGGAUUGACGAUAAUUUCCUUUCAAAAUUUCCAAUUGGAACGACGAUCCUCUCUACAAGUAGUUUCAGCACACCGGGUUGGACAGUAAGAGCCCGGUUGCACCUAAAACUGCCCGAUGGGUCUGAGGAGCGGUACUUGCCUCCGAACAACAUGGCCGUAUGCUGAUGGAAGGCGAGUUUAACGCAAUGACCGAAUUACAUACUAAAUGGGCCCCGGACUUUGUUGCAAUGUUUUUAUUUGAUUCAGCCGCAUUUUAUGCGCAUAACGAGAUGAAAGUUGGCGAUUGGCGACGAUACUAAAACAAAAUUUACCAAUAGGGUCUAUACACGAACUUAUCUUCGUCAUUAUGGCCCAAGUGAGCCAAAAGAGGA